AUGGAGAAUAUGAUCAACACUACACUACUCAUUCUGGCGCUGGUAGUGCCCGCCCUCGCCGCUGAUGACUGGGACAGCUUCUACAACAACUUCGCUACGGAUUUAACCCCUCUUUUGGCCUUGUUCGGAGAGCAAGUCACCAAGCAGUUUCUGAGUGAGUCAACUAGUGUGCUGGACAACAUCAUUUUCGCCGCAGCCCCGUUGGGCAUUCUGACAGCUGUGGUGUCCGUCAUCCGUGUCUGUGGAAACCCAUCACUUAGAGCAUUUGUUGGAAGAGCACAGGAAGGCCACGGAGCUGCUGAAGCCGAGCUCUGUUCAUCCACCAGUCGUGACGUUUGUGAGCUUUGGAAUCGUGGAGGAAUUGCGCGCGUUUUUGGUCGGCCCAAGAUUCUCGAAUUCGUUCAUGAUCAAAACAGCAGCGACUUCUACCAGGGGCUUGAUGGCCAUGCACCUACAGCUGGUCUUCAUAGACCUGCGAAGUUUUUCCCAUAUACCGGUGACCCGACGACGUCGUGUGCAGGAGCGAAUCAAACAAGAACUGUCAAAAGACUUAACGGAGGACCUAAGAACCCUGAAAAUUCCGAGAUUCAGACCGAUUCAGAGCAAAACAAUGACCCUGAGAGACUAGAACGCAGCCGAUUCGCGCCAAGCCCCAAUCUAUCGUUGAAUAUCGGUAUCAAGAAGCCUUCACGCUUCUGGGUUCUGACAGCAGUACUUCUUGGAUGCUUUUUACAAACAGCGGUUCUGGGAUUCGCUAUUUGGGCAACGUAUUUUCGUCGGCUCCUUAAAGAUGGGCAGCCUAUACCCUAUUGGGCAUUCCCUCUGACUGCUGCUGGGACUAGUUCUCUAGUUGCGGGCAUGUUUCUGUGUGCGUGGCUAAUUGAAAGAAGCACCGAGGAAAUCUUCUUCAAGAAAAGAGCUCGGAUGUAUUGGUUGCAACCUAGCAAUCAGAGUGUGGGCGAUCAGACUUUCGAUGCCUUUGCUCAUCGGGCGGAUCUGGAGGAGUACGUGACCUCAUGGAAGCUGGAGGGAUCUUUCCAACCACAGCAUGAGCCGCUCGUUUGGACUGCAGUUGCCGUCACCAUGGCUGGUUUCAUCCUGCAGUUUAUCGGGCUGCGGGGCCUACACUCCUUGGUCGCAUUAUCUCAGCUCGGCGCAACCCUCGUGAUGGCAGCUGUUCGAGCCGGCCUUCGAACCCAACGUCUCGGGGAAGACAAGAACGACCUAGGACGUAUUCUUGACAUUAUCGAAGGGCAUGAACUUGACUGGCAAUCCUUUCAGAUUGAAUCGUACUCAGGAACGUGGCAGGUUAUUCACCCUUUCUCAGCACUUCUGAGAAGCUGGAGUGGCUGCUUGGUGGAAAAUGGGCUCCAAGAAAACGAGUCCAUUUUCUGCAUCACUUCGAGAGACGACACCAAAGACCGCAGCUUUCGUGACGAUCCUGAUGCAGCCGCCGCAACCGCUGCAGUGAAGUGGAUCUCAAUUCUACAGUGCGAGCAAAGUGGCACUCAUAACCCCGGUUUGGAGAAGCCGAACCGCGCGGCAAGGAUUAUGUAUUACAGAGCUAGGCUUGCCCGUUUGACUGACGUGGAGGCUCCGAGUCUUUCUCAGCGAUGGCAGACUGAUGUUCGACAUCGCGCCAACAGCCUAGGCCAGGCUAUUGAAGACGCGGUCAAAGUCAUCUUUUCGGGCGAUGUAGAAUUGAAGAAAGAGUGGAGAGAUGCGUCCGCCAUAUUCUGGAGAGUUGCUUGCAGACUCAGCUGUUCAGGUGACAGAUCCAAGGAAGAUCUACCUCUCUACCUCCUUAUCCGACGCAAAUAUGGCAUGUGGCAAAUCGAUAGAUCUGAGUUAGAGGCCGUUCUUGGACUGUGGAGCUGGUCGUUAAGAGGAUCCCCACUCGCCAAUGCCGACAACUUCUCCAAAGCAUAUGCCUUGGCAGCAACUCCCGAUCAGGUGGAACAAGCCAAGGUGGACCUUACAAUGUGGGUUUCAAGGGAGCUUCCCCCUCUUGUUGUGGACAAAAUGCCCCUGGAUAGUCUGUCCCUUGUUACUGAAGAUGAUGUUGGCUCUGAAGAGCAUGUUUGUAAUACCACUCCUAAAUAUGAUCGGACACGGAGUCUCCUUUCUAUCCCUUUUGCAACUGCUCGAUAUAAUUUGGAUGGUUCGGCUGGCUCGGACAAAGGCAAUGAUGACAUGAAAAUUCUUUCUGUUCCGACGAAGAAUAGUCUACUGGCCAUGUGCGCUCAAGACAUAUUCACUUCCUUCAUUGAUAGCGCUGCAGCUAUUAUCUUAAAUCUGUCGGACAUAAAGCCAAUGCUACAGAGCGAUCUCGAUACUCCUCAGGUACAAGACGGGCAACGUGAUUUCCGAUUUUCCAAUCGUCACCUCGACCGUAUUGCAACGGCAUUUGCAGAGGCUGGUCUAGGUUCCAAAGAAGAUGCCUUAAUGAGCGUUAUUCCAUCCCUUCGGGCGAGGUCAAUACUCCCUCUACCAGAUAAAGUAUAUGAUACGGUUCUGUCACUGGGCAAAGAUCGCAGGCGGAGUGGAAGGUUCACUGAAGGGGAAGAUCUUCUCCACUGGCUAUAUUACAACGUCACGGACACGGAAUCUCCCAAUCGAGAAACGGUAGCGAGGGAAUUGGGAGAGCUGUAUCGUCGAGCGAUGCGAAAUCCCCAAGAUGAGAUCCGAGAUUUCGGUUACCGUGGCAUUUUUUGGAUGUUGCGUUCUCUUAAGGGAUCUGAUUGGAUGAUCAAACUGAAGGACCGCUACGGAUGGGUUGCCAUCCAGAUCGCGUUGGGGAAAAAGGACGAGAAAACAUGCAGAGAGCUUGAGGAUGCAGAGGUAAACCGUUCACUAGUCAAAGAAUUUGAGAAAAUGGCCCUCUUUGAUGUGGUCCGGUCCGAUCAGAUCUAUCCUGUUGGACUACUAGUAACUGAGAAAUGGAAGGAUGACAUCCGCAAGCCACUCGCUGGUCUCGAACAGUCGCUACUAUCUUUUGCAGCACAAAGGGGUUGUAUAGAAUUAGUAGAAGAUUUACUUGAGGAAGGCACAGACCUCGAUUCGAAAGAUGUUAUGAACCGUACCCCAGUUUUCUAUGCUUCAGAAGCAGGGCAUUACGAUAUAGUUCAACAUUUCUUGGAGGCGGGAACCAUUCUUGUAACUCGCGACAGAAAAGGUCAGACACCGUUGUCGCGGGCGGCGGCGAACGGGCACGAAGCGGUGGUCAAGCUGCUGGUCGAGCGGGGCGUGGACUUAGAGUCUAAGAAUGAGCACAAGUACGGCGGUCGGACGCCGCUAUUGUGGGCGUCGGCGAACGGGCACGAGGCGGUAGUCAAACUGUUGAUCGAGCGGGGCGCGGAUGUAGACCUGAAGGACGACGAGGAUCGGACGUCGUUAUCUUGGGCGGCGGCGAACGGGCACGAGGCGGUGGUCAAGUUGCUAAUUGAGCGAGACGCGGACGUAGAGUCUAAGGAUAAGAAUAAUAGUCGGACGCCGUUAUGGCGGGCGGCGAAAAACGGCCACGAGGCGGUAGUCAAGCUGUUGAUCGAGCGGGGUGCGGAUGUAGACCUGAAGGACAACAAGGGCCGGACGUCGUUAUCUUGGGCGGCGGCGAACGGGCACGAGGCGGUGGUCAAGUUGCUAAUUGAGCGAGACGCCUGGAGUCCAAGAACGAUUGGGGGUCGCUAUGUUGAGCAGGGCGUGGACCUGGAGUCUAAGGACGAGCGGGGCGUGGACCUGGAGUCUGAGGACAAGUACCAGUAUAAUAGUCGGACGCCGCUAUCGUGGGCGGCAGCGAACGGGCACGAGGCGGUGGUAAAGCUGCUGGUUAAGCAGGGCGCGGAUGUAGAAUCCAAGGACGAGUACGAUAGUCGGACGCCGCUGUCGUGGGCGGCGGCGAACAGGCAUGAGGCGGUGGUCAAGCUGCUAAUUGAGCGGGGCGCGGAUGUAGAGUCUAAAGACGAGUAUAACGGUCAGACGCCGUUAUCGUGGGCGGCGGAGAACGGACACGAGGCGGUGGUCAAGCUACUAGCUGAGCGGGAUGCGGAGGUGGACUCGAAGGACAGCGGGGCCCGGACGCCGUUGUCGUGGGCGGCGGCGAAUGGGCACGAGGCAGUAGUCAAGCUAUUAGUCAAGCGGGGCGCGGAUGUGGACUCGAAGCAUAGCAAGGGCCGGACGCCGCUGUUGUGGGCAGCGGAGAACGGGCACGAGGCGAUAGUCAAGCUACUAGUCGAGCGGGGCGCAGAUGUGGACUCAAAGCAUAGCGAGGGCCGGACGCCGUUAUCGCGGGCCGCGGCGAACGGGCAUGAGGCGGUUGUCAAGUUGCUAAUUGAGUGGGGCGCAGACCUGGAGUCUAAGGAUAAAUAUGAUUACGACGAUCGAACGCCGUUAUUAUGGGCAGCGGCGAACGGGCAUGAGGCGAUAGUUAAGUUGCUGAUUGAGCGGGGCGCAGAUGUGACGUUUAAGAAUAAUAAGAGGGAUUGGGGGUCGUUAUUAUGGGUGGCGGUGUACGGGUAUGAGACGGUAAUCAAGUUGCUGAUUAAGCGGGGUGCGGACGUAGACCCAAAGGACACCAAGGGCCAGACGCUGUUAUCGCGGGUGGCGGAGCAUGGGUACGAGGCGGUGGUCAAGCUGUUAGUCGAGCAGGGCGCAGACGUGGACUCAAAAGAUAACAAGGGCCGGACACCGCUAUCGUGGGCGGCGGAGAACGGACACGAGACAGUGGUCAAGCUACUAGUCGAGCGGGGCGCAGUUAUGGACUCGAAGGACAAUAAGGGCCGGAUACCGCUAUCGUGGGCGGCGGAGAACGGAUACAAGACGGUUGUCAAGCUACUGGUCGAGCGGGGCGCAGAUGUGGACUCAAAGGAUAGUGAGGGCCGGACGCCGCUGUUGUGGGCGGCGGAGAACGGGCAUGAGGCCGUAGUCAAGCUGCUAAUUGAGCAGGGCGCGGACGUGGACCUGAAGGACAAUGAGGGCCGGACGUUGUUAUCGUGGGCAGCGGAGAACGGACAUGAGACGGUGGUUAAGCUACUAGUUGAGCGGGGCGCAGACGUGGAGUCUAAGGAUAAAGACGACAAUCGGACGCCGCUAUGGCGGGCGGCACAGAACAGGCACAAGGCGGUGGUUAAGUUACUAGUCGAGCGAGAGCGCAAUCUGGAGUCUAAGGACAAUAAGAGCGGUUAG